UGAUCAACAACGAUACUCAGCCAUCGGUCGACGAAAUGAGAAAAGCUGCCGCCAACAGAGAGAAUUGGUCUAAGAUUAUUGUCGCCUGCAAACCCAGACUGUUCGCAGCCGAAUGAUGAUGAUGAUGAUGAUGCGCUUUUGAAAUAAGAACUGGCUGAAUGUUUUAUGUUAAAGGAUGUAAAAUGUCAAAUAAUGUUUCAUUUUUAAUCAGAAAUGUUUGCUCGUUGAUAAAGAAAGUUUCAGUCUCGUUUGUAAAAAGAGCAAACUGAUUAUGCUAAAAGUUUUCCAAUAAAUAGACUAAAUUUUUCUUAAGGCUCCCUGUUCCCCAAAAAGUCAAGUUUCCAGUUAAGGUGCAGUUUUGUAAUUUCCAUGUGCUUAGAUAGAGAAGAAAGUGCGCUACAAACAGCCAUGAAGUUUCUUUCUACCUAUAUAUUUAUACCUUUCUUCAGGAAAAACAUGAAGUUCUUGUGGAUCAUGCUAAUGGGAAAAUUAUUGAAUUACAAGAGAGAACAACAAUUUCGGAAAAAAUAACUAAAAAUUUUUGGUUUGUUGUCAAGAGAGUUAUUCAAGUACCGGCUGAGCUUCAGACGAAAUUAAGUGAUGUCAAAUCGACAACAAUUGCCAUUGCUUAUCCAUUAAAUGCCAUUUAUGAAUCACCAUCAUAUCAAAUUUUAUCGACACAACCACUCUCUGCCUAUUUACCACUUCGUUCAUAUGGUUUUCGUUUUAUUCUUCAAGCUGAUUUUGAAAUUCCAGCUACUCGACAAGAAAUUCUACGUGAUAAUAUUUAUUAUUAUCAACAAAUUGUCAUGGAACGUAAUGAGACAAUUUUAAUUAGAUUAGGCUGUCGUCGACUCGAUUUUUCUGAUAUUCUACGACUUAUUCGAACAUUGUACACACAAAAUGAACAAGAACAUUCGACAAAAACAACAAGUAUCGAACAGAACCAUGAUGUUGCAACAGGAAUGACAUCAAUGGCUGAAUUGAAAAAAAUGAAAAUCAUUCUAUUACGACAACAAACACGAUUGGUAUCUGUCGAAGAAUUUGAUCAACGAGCGAUUCUAUUUCCAUUCGACAAAACAAUUCGAUAUGAAAAACAUCUUAAAAUUGUUCUCGAAGCUUUACCAACAAUCGACGAACGAUUAUUCGAAUUUAUUAAGAACAGAUAUCCACGACGGCUCGAUUCGAUCAAACGAUUAUUGAAAGAUUUAGGUAGAUUAAAAAGAAAUGUGUAGAAUCCCCAAGGGGGAAAAAGCAUACUUCUGUACUUCUGAAGUACGGAAGUACGGAGAAGUAUCACGAAGUACCGAGAAGUACCAUGAAGUACCGAGAUAUACUGUUAUGUCAUAGUAGUUAGACCAGGUGCUAGUCCAUAAGUAGUUUUAUAUAUAUGAUGUAACAUGAUGUUUUCUCUC